GGCUAAUUGAAUGGGCGCGUCUUUCCAAAGGACUAUGUGGUGGCUGCAUGCUGGCGGUGAACGUUAACUUCACGGAGGCAACAUGAUACACCAUCACUGGGAGAACUGUCCCCAGCAUCAAGACUUCACCAUGCGCACCAUCCAGACUAUAGAAAACCACAUCCCUGUGCUGAGGGAGAGCAUUGUCAGGACUCCUUUCACAGGGAGAACUGUGUGCCUGUUCAAUACGAAUACAAACAGACACAAUCCCCAUCAGACUCCCCGUCACAGCCCUUAUAACAGCCAGACUCCCUGUCACAGCCCCUAUAACAGCCAGACUCCCCGUCACAGCCACAAUCCCCGUCAGACUCCCUGUCACAUCCCCUAUAAUGGCCACACUCCCGGGUGCACUCCCCUUCAAAGCCCCUGCCGCAGCCAGACUCCCUGCCGCAGCCCCUAUAACAGACACACUCUCCGCUAUAGUCCUUAUAACACCCGUUCUCCCCGCCAGACUCUCUGUCACAGCGACCACCUCUCCCUAGAGCCCAGCCAGUACCCAACUCCCCAGCCAUGGUUUUCUCUACCCCUGGCGAGGAGGCAGCCAGCGGAGACCUCUUCUACUGUUGUUUCUGAAGGCUGUUUCUCUUCCUCCUGCCCUGCUAGGCUCAGCACAUUAUGCAGAGCAGCAGAUGGAGAGGAGGAGAGUGAGACGGGAGAGAGCGAGCAGGCGCACGCGCAUGGAAAGAGGCUGCAGGGAGGAGGGGGAGAAGGGAAGCAGCGAGAAAUCGAGCAGGGAGGAGGGGGAGAAGAGAAGGGAGAUAUCACACUGGCGCAGGGAGGAGGAGAGCGAGAGCAGGCGUACGUAGUCUUCGCAUCAUCAUCAUCAGCAGUGCUCCUCUCAUCAUCGUCACGGGAAAGCAGCAUCACAGCCUCGCAGCAGCAGCUACGCAGACGACGGAGGAGCAGCAGAGAAAAUGGCAGCUGUUUUCAAAGACAUGGCCUGAGUCUCGGCGCCAGACUGAGGUGGAGGCUGAGAUUCAGCAUCAUGGGGAACCAGGAGGGGAAGCAGAAGAAGGGGAAAGAGGGGGACGGAUACGGACAGGACGCAGCGGAACAUACCACCGGGGAGCCCCGUCACGCUGACGGCACAAACAAAGGAUUUCACCACGGCAAGAAAUCACACGGAAAACAUGGCAAAGGAGGAGGAGAGGAGAAGAAGAAUAAGAAGGAGUCUAAAUCGUCUGUGUUCUCUAUCAGGAAGAGGAAGAAUCUAAAGGGGAAGGGAUCGACAGGGGGAUCCAGGGAGGAUGUGUUGUCGUCUCAGAACGAGCUGGACUCCGCUCACUCUGCUCACACCAAAACACCAGAUCUCUCUCUGUCAGCUGACGAGCUGGGCCAAUCUGACACCGAGGGACUAGCAGAGCCUGGUGAUGGGCAUGGUGCUAGGAGUCAUGGUUGUAUCACGGGGGAGAGCCGGCAGCCCACUGGGGAGAGCCGGCAGCCCACUGGGGAGAGCCGGCAGCCCACUGGGGAGAGCCGGCAGCCCACGGGGGCGACCGCGGACACUGUUCCAGACCAGCAGGGGGAGGUUGAACAGAGAAAGAGGAGCAGCUCUGGUUCAGACCCGGACAUCUAUAGCUUUCACUCAGCUGCAGAACAAGAGGACCUGCUAGCCGACAUCCAGCAGGCUAUUAGACUACAGCAGGGGGUGAUUAUCUCCACCGCUGAGCUGAGUGAAGAGCUGGGUUGGGGAGGAGGGUGGAGGAAACAGAGGUCUGACGAGGUUAUAACUACCCCCAGUCCCACUGAACAAACCCCUCCACCGGAGCCUCUCUCUGCCCCAGAGGCAGCCCCCGUCACUGGCCGGGAGAAUGGCCUGCUUUCUAAACCGUCUCUGGAUGGGGAGGAGGAGGAGGAGGAGGAGGAGGCGGUGGUGGAGGAGGAGGAGGAGGAGAGGGGAGCUACCACUGCUACAGAGGAACUCAACUGGGAGUUGAGAGGGGCUGAAACAGAACCAGCCCUUUGUGCCUCCUCUUUCUCUGGGACAAAGGAGCAGGAGGAGGAGCAGGCGGAGGAGGCAUUGAGCUGCCAGGAGGUUAACGGUAACACUCAGCCCCUCUCUCAGCCCCCCACUGCCCAGACGAACGGCCAUGUUACCAAGACAACCAGCGCUACCAGCUUCCCAGACCUCACAGCCUCCUUUGAGAGCGCUGUAGAGUCUCCUCUCAGAGAGGAGAAGGAGGUGUUGGAGGAGGUGGAGGAAGGGGAGGAGGAGGAGGAGGAGAAUGACCUGGACAUGCCUCCCCUGUCAGCCGAGAGCCUUAGUCACAGUGAUGCGACCACGAGCCACGAGGACAUAGACCUGAGCUCUGGCAAUGCCUCCGAGGAAGAGGGGAGGGUGGGGGACUGGGUGGGGGCAGGGGUGGGGGCUGCAGUCAGCGUUGAGUCCCUGGAGUGUCUUAGCAGGGGGGAUCUGAGGUGCUCUGAGCCUGCCGACGACCCUCUGAUCACCCAGAGAAGGAAGAGCAGCGUGUCCUUCUCCCCUUGGCCCUCUCAGGAGAGCCCUAGCCUGGCCAUGCGUCUCCUCAAGUCCACCCUGACCUCCACCCUUCCAUCCUACAACCACUCUUCCUCAGGCACCAGCCCCACAGUCAAACCCUACCCUCCCAUUUACCCGUCUUACGUCAAGACCACCACCAGGCAACUCUCUGGCUCCCCAGGCACCUCGCCCUCACGGAGCCCCUUGUUCCGCCAGCGCUGCCACGACCUGGGACACCGCACCGAGAAGUGGAGGGUUAGACGACAGCGCUCCCACAGCAUCGCAGGUCCCCUCAGCUGGUCCGCGGACUGGACCGAGGAGCUGGACAGGGAGCGCCCCAUCAAGGCAGGAUCAGCAGACUACCUGGAGGGGUACGGAGGGUCGGAGGACAGGCUGAGGGGGGGCAGUCAGCCCCUGUGUGCCACACGGAGAUCCUCCGCCGGACACGUGUCUACCUGUAGCUUCCACGACAUCUUCACCGGUCGUACUCUCCUAGAGAAGUUGUUCCUACAACAGGAAGAUGCCCAGCCGGAGGAAGCUGAGAAGCUGUGUUCUCGGAUUCUGGCCAUGGGUCUGUUACUACCCUUCACUGACUGCUUCAGAGACACAAUAGGAGGGUCCAACCCACAACUCGCUGCGCCAUGCAAGUUCCACCAAGACCAGCUGUACACGUGGGCAGCGGUCAGCCAGCCCCCCCACUCCAUGGAACACUUUGAGGGCCGGGCCCCCCUCCCUGGGCACCUGAAGACCCUGUGGCCCCCACCCAGACCUGUGGGAGACGAUAGACCAGGCCUCAUGUACACCGAGGAGGAACACCAGGCAGCCAUCUUGGGGCUGAAGAGACAUCAGAGAGAAGAAGUCGGCCAACUUCAGGAGGAGUCAGUGCUGAAAACAGUGAAGCUGAAAGAGGAGCACGUCAAUGUGAUCCAGCAGUUAGAACAGACCAUUGAGGACCUGCGGACUAAGAUAGCUGAGCUGGAGGAACAGCACCCCCUGCUGGACAGAGAUAUUAUUAGCAUUAAGGAGUCGGAGGCUGGUGUGGAGGGGGAUCUGUACCGGGAGGUCUGUCAUGUAGACCUACAGACUGAAGAGAGGAUGGUGAAGGAGGUCUGUCAUGUAGAUCUACAAACUGAGGAGAGGAUGGUGAAGGAGGUCUGUCAUGUAGACCUACAGACUGAGGAGAGGAUGGUGAAGGAGGUCUGUCAUGUAGACCAACAGACUGACUGUCUCCUGAGUUGUCUGGAGGCCAAGUCUGUCCAGACGUCGCCUAUGGAGGAAAGCUAUAAGUUUAAAGUGCCUUUACCGGACCAGAUGCCACCCUUGUUUGUGAACGAGGCUGGAGGAGAGUCCUCUUCGUCUUCCUCCUGUCCCCUGAAACUCCCCCCAGAACUGGCCCUGUCCCUACCCAUACCCUUCUCCCCCAAGGUCGCACCAGCAUUUGUCUGUACGUGCCAACAGCAGCAGAGUGGCAUUAAACCCCCACCCCCACCUCCUUUACCUGGUCACUCCAUGGCUCCUCCUCCUCCACCACCACCUCUACCAGGGAGUGCAAUGCCUCCACCACCUCCUCCACCUCCUCUACCAGGGGGUGCAAUGCCUCCACCACCUCCUCCACCUCCUCUACCAGGGGGUGCGAUGCCUCCACCACCUCCUCCACCUCCUCUACCAGGGGGUGCGAUGCCUCUACCACCUCCUCCACCUCCUCUACCAGGGGGUGCGAUGCCCCCUCCACCUCCUCUACCAGGGGGUGCGAUGCCCCCUCCACCUCCUCUACCAGGGGGUGCGAUGCCCCCACCACCCCCUCCUCUCCCUGGCAUGGGGAUGGCACCUCCACCGCCUCCCUUACCUGGGAUGAUAGGGAUGGGCCCUCCCCCACCCCCUCCACCAUUACCUGGGAUGGGAGGUCCUCCUCCUCCUCCUCCUGGCUGUGGCCCUCCUCCACCAUGUGCCCUGGGCUCCCUGGUCCCUCCGUUGCCCAUGGGACUGUAUGCUCUAGGCAUGGCCCAGGAGAAACCUCCCCGGAAAGGAGUGAUGGAGCCCCCCAGACCCAUGAAACCUCUCUACUGGACCAGGAUACAGCUCAACUCAGCUCAACACAAAAGAGAGGUGAGCACAUCGCUGGUCUGGGACAAGAUACAGGAGCCUGAUGUGAACUUUGAGGAGUUCGUAGAGCUGUUCUCCAAGACUGCUGUGAAGGAGAAGAAGAAACCCCUGUCAGAUACCAUCACCAAGUCUAAAGCCAAACAGGUGGUCAAAUUGCUGAACAACAAGCGUUCUCAGGCGGUGGGGAUUCUGAUGUCCAGUCUGCAUCUGGACAUGAAGGACAUCCAGCAUGCCAUCCUGAACCUGGACAAUACUGUGGUGGAUCUGGAGACUCUACAAGCCCUCUAUGAAAACAGAGCACAACAGGAUGAGAUGGAGAAAAUCGAUAAGCACAUCAAGUCAUCUAAAGACAAGGACAACGCCAAACCACUGGACAAACCUGAGCAGUUCCUGUUCCAGUUACAUCAGAUCCCCAACUUCUCAGGCCGGGUGUUCUGUAUCCUGUUUCAGUCCACCUUCUCUGAAUGGCUCUCCUCUAUCCUGCGCAAACUGGACAUCCUGCAGAGAGUGUGCACGACCUUGCAGAGUGGCCAGUGUGUGAUGCAGGUGCUGGGUCUGGUCCUGGCCUUUGGUAACUUCAUGAAUGGUGGCAACCGAACCAGAGGACAGGCUGACGGCUUUAACCUGGAUAUCCUGCCCAAGCUGAAGGAUGUGAAGAGCAGUGAUAACACACGGAGCCUGUUGUCCUACAUAGUGGCGUACUAUCUGAGGCACUUUGACGAGGACGCCGGCAGGGAGACGUGCCUCUUCCCUCUCCCUGAGCCCCAGGAUCUGUUCCAGGCUUCACAGAUGAAGUUUGAGGACUUUCAGAAGGAUCUGACCAGGCUGAAGAAGGACCUUCGAGCUUGA